AUGAGCACCAAAGGUACUCGCGAACAGGGUACAAGAGGCCAUGGCAGAGGCUGUAGAGGUGCUCGAGUUCGGUCUUCGUCAUUUGGCAAUUUGCCUAAUUUGGAUACUAGUGAGACACCGGCUUCACCCAUGGGGAAGUAUGUGGGGGCUAGUUAUGGGGAUGCUUGUUGGAGGGAGUUCGUAAAUCUGACUCAAGGAGAUAGAUCAGUGGCUGUGUAUGAGGUUGAAUUUCUGAGAUUGAGCCGCUAUGCGCUAGGUAUGGUGGCGGCAGAGUACGAGAGAUAUGUUCGCUUCGAGGAUGGCCUCAAGGAUUAUCAUUUAUUAGAGCACCGUAUUAGAGAGUGUCUACGAAGGUCCGGUCAGAUGCAAGCUCUGGAUACUGGUACUGGACGAACACCAAGAGUAGCUCAGCAGCCAUCGAGAGGUCGUAGUCAGGCCAGAGGUAGUAAUAGGUUGGGCCAUGGUCAGAGAGCACUGGGCAAAGGUGCUGGUCUUACUAAAGCGAGAUAUAGGAUCCAUUCACUCCUAUAUAGCUCGUAUUGUGUCCGAGAACUUGGAGCGGAAAAGUUGGUUCGUAAAGGAUGUGAGGCGUAUCUGGCCUACAUCAGCGUUUUAGAUUAUGGGGAUUCUUCGGUUAAGGAUAUCAGGACGGUUAAGGACUUUCUAGACGUUUUUCCUGAAGAACUACCUAGGUUACCUCCGAAUCGUGAAGUAGAUUUCGGGAUUGAGCUCCUUCCUGGUACAGCUCUAGUGUCUAUCACUCCCUAUAGAAUGGCACCAAAAGAGCUUGUGGAGCUUAAGGCUCAAAUUGAAGAGUUACUGGACCGUGGGUUCGUCUGCCCUAGUGAAGUAACAUUUCUAGGGCAUGUGAUUUCUACUGAGUGUAUUAGGGUCGAUCCUCGAAAGAUUGAGGCGGUGUUGGAUUGGAAACAACUUAAGAUUGUAUAUGAGAUUCACAGUUUUCUAGGACUGGCAAGGUAUUAUCGACGAUUUGUAGAGGGUUUUUCACUGAUUGUAGCACCAUUGACUAAGCUACUAUGUAAGGGUGUGCCAUUUAACUGGACUGAUGCGCAGCAAGAGAUAUUUGAGAAGCUCAAAAUUAUAUUGACUGAGGCCCCUGUUUGA